AUGGGCCAACGAUUCUCCGAGUUCCUCCCGCCAAAGACGAAAUGGCUACCAGCCGAAAUGCCAGACAUGACCGGAAAGGUAGCCAUCGUCACCGGUGGCAACACCGGAAUUGGCAAAGUGACGUGCAAGUACCUGCUGCUCAAGAACUGCACCGUCUACCUCUUCUGCCGUUCUGCAGCCAAAGCCCAGGCCGCGAUCUCAGAACUCAAAGCCCAAACGGGGAAAAAAGCCCACUUCAUCCCGUUCGACCUCGCCGAUCUCCAUUCUAUCAAGUCAGCAGCCAGCGUCUUCCUAGAGAAAGAACAACGUCUGGAUGUACUCUUUAAUAAUGCGGGAUUCAUGCAUGUUCCUAUUGCGGAGGUGACGAAGCAGGGGUAUGAUAUGGCUUUUGGGUGUAUGGUGCUCGGUCAUGCAUACCUGACGUUUCUCCUCCUUCCUCUGCUAACGAGCACCGCCAAAUCCUUCGGUUCCGCACGAGUUGUAACACUCAGCUCGAACGGGCACCUAGAUGCCCCUAAGGGGGGGAUCGACUAUUCCACGCUGAAAGAGGGACCCGUAAGACUGAAGAAACUGAACGGCUGGACCGCAUACAUGCAAGCCAAGUGGGGGGAUGUGGUAUUUGCUAAAGAGCUGGCGCGGAGGUACGGCGCGGAAAGGAUCGUCUCGACGUCUUUGAAUCCAGGGGUGAUCGCAGCCGAGCUCGCAAGGCAUCUGACAGUCGUUCCCAUUUUCGCGAGGCUUAUCGCCUUCCCCGCCGACCCUCUAGGAGCAGUGACCCAGCUAUAUGCGGGCACCGCACCCGAGGCAGCGUCCCUGAACGGUGUAGUAUUUCAUCCCUUGGGCGAGGCCGGUCCUGCACGGGCGGAUACGGAUGAUCUUGCUUUGGGGAAAGCGUUGUGGGAAUGGCUGGAAGAGCAGGUGAAAGAUGUUUGA